AUUCCACAGUCAGGAGCAGCUCAGUCCGGGGUGUGCUGUUGGUUCACUUGCUCCAAGCAUGGUCAGGUCCCUUUGCAGGCACCCCUGGAGGUUGGGUGGCCCAUGGCUACUGGGUCUCCUGGCCCGCCUGCUGCUCUGGGGCUCUCCAGGCGCUUGGGCGAGCUACCUGAGGAGAUCCUCCAGCUGCAUGCCCAUCCCACAGCACAUGGCCUUGUGCUACGACAUCGGCUACUCCGACAUGAGGAUUCCCAACCUGCUGGAGCACGAGACCAUGACAGAAGUCAUCCAGCAGUCUUCCAGCUGGCUGCCCUUGCUAGCCAGGGAGUGCCACCCAGACGCUAGGAUUUUCCUCUGCUCCCUCUUUGCACCAAUCUGUUUGGACAGGCUCAUCUACCCCUGCCGCAGCCUCUGCGAAGCCGUCAAGAGAAGCUGUGCGCCCGUCAUGGCUUGUUACGGCUACCCCUGGCCAGAAAUCCUCAACUGCAACAAGUUCCCUGCAGAUCAUGAGCUGUGCAUUGCAGCAGUCUCCAUGGAUGAAAAUUCCUCAAGCAGGAGAACAGUGCCCCGAGCCAGCUGCAAGGACUGUGAGCUUGAGGAGGCCAGCACUGCCAGGGAGAUCCUGGAAAGCUUCUGCGCAAAUGAUUUUGCAGUGAAAAUCCGAAUCCUGAGGAGGAACACCACCACCACCAUCUCAGACUUUGACCUGGACCCCUCCAAAGUGGAGGUGCUGAAGCACGGCCCACUGCUCAGAACUGAAAUCCCUGCCAGGCUCCAGCAGUGGCUGGACAUAGAUGCCACCUGCGCCCACAACAUCAUGCGAGGCACUCAGGCAGGGGUCUUCGUUGUCAGUGGUGAAGUGCAGAGUGACAAAGUGGUGGUGAACAAGGCCUAUGCCUGGCAGAAGAGGAACAGGAACCUGCACCAGGCAGUGCGGAGGUGGAAGCAUCACCGCUGCCCCGAACAGGCGGGAUGGAAGGUCUGAAAAAUCUCCCUUCCCUAUGGCUAGAAAACUCCUUUCCCUGGCAGGUGGUGUUUUGGAGAUGUACAGUGAUAUUUCUAGGUGAUUUGAAGCAGUCAUAGUGCAGAUAGGGCUUCACUACAGAUCCCAAGACAGAGCUUAAGGAUGCAGGUUUAACAUGUUCCUCUCACAAUGCUCUGUAGAUCCAGGACGUGCUAUGUUCAACUUUGCAUAGGAUCCAACAUCACAACAAAACUAUGCAGGUGAGGACAAACUAGAAGAAAACUUUAAUUACAGUUCCUUCUAGUUCUUAUUAUCAGAGCUGGUAUUUCAGAUUCAUUAUUUGACCCUUAGACAUCGAUGUUGCCCAAGUGGCUGCUUAUUUUAUGUCCAGAGAUUACACGAAAGUCUCCCUGACUGUGAAGUGAUACUUUUUAUGUAAUGGAGCAAAUACUUUACUCUUGAACAGUCAGAGGUAAAUUAACGGGGAGAGGAACCCACCCUGGCUAUGCCCAGCCCCUCAAAAACUGCAUGCUGAACUCUGCUCUUGAGUCAGGCUGUCCCUUCAGCUUCCUGCACUGAGAGUUGAUGAGCAUCCGCACAUGCAAAAGGAAACGGCCAUUCUCAAGUAGGAAAGGCACAGAGCAGACAGCUGAGGGUUUCUACAUAACAGGGAAAAAACUGUUUUUCAACAUCAGAAAUUCAGUGUGGAUCAGAAGAUUCUGGUAACUGCGGAUAUCACAAGAACCUUGAGAAAAGCAGAGCAUGAGUGAGACAUCAGCUGUUCAAAGCUCUGCUUUGGUGUGAACAGCAGCUUUGCUUGCCACUGGGAAGUCAUUUCCAGCCCAAGCACGGUAGGAUAUUGCAGUUUUGGUUUGAGAGCAGGGGAGAAACCUUUCACAGCUGUCUGGCCUUCCACCUGUACAUAAGGAAGAUAGAAAAUAUGGGAAAAAUACGGGAAAACUCAGUCUCUCUGCAGCUCACUAUCUCACUCAAGCCGGACUGUCAC